GAGGUGGAGGUGGAGAAAUCAUAGACAAAGGGAAUAUCUCGAAUGUGUCAACUGUAAUAGAGGAAAGCGAUGUGGUUCAGGAAUUGAUGGAUGUGAUUGAAUAUGUAAGCUUGUUCACAGAUUUCCGGAAAACACAGAAGAAGGAAUGCUUCAAUCUUGUGAGGCGUAUGAGGCUUUUGGUUCCUCUGUUAGAAGAGAUCUACGAAGUCGAUGAACCUGUUACAGAUUCUGUAAUUGAAUGUCUUUGUGAAUUGAAGAAGGCACUACUUUUCGCCAAGAAAUUGUUAAAGUUUUGUCAUGAUGGAAGCAAGAUUUACCUGGCAUUUGAGUCUGAGUCCGUCAUGGGAAGAUUCCGCGCCACUUAUGAAAAAAUAACUCAAGCUUUGGAGGCUGUGCCUUAUGAUGAACUAGGUAUCUCUGAUGAAGUGAGAGAACAAGUUGAGUUAAUGCGUACACAGCUUAAAAGAGCAAAGAGAAGGACAGAUACUCAAGAUAUGGAGCUAGCAAUGGACAUGAUAGUUGUGUCCUCUAAGAAAGAAGAUCGAAAUGCAGACAGUGCCAUACUAGAAAGGCUAGCACACAAGUUGGAAUUGCAUACUGUUGUGGAUUUGAAGGCAGAAACCAUAGCCAUAAGGAAACUAGUCAAAGACAGAGCUGGACAAAAUGCAGAAGGUAGUCAACAGAUCCUAGAUAUUCUACGCAAAUUCAAACAAGUUGCUGGGAUUGAAGAGCACAACAUGUUAAAUGAAUCUUCUGUGCCUAAAACACUUGAGAAGUCUCCAUCUUUGAUAAUCCCUCAUGAAUUCCUUUGCCCCAUUACGCUUGAGCUCAUGACAGAUCCUGUUAUUGUGUCGACUGGACAGACUUAUGAAAGAGAAAGCAUACAAAAAUGGCUGGAUACAAACCACCGAACUUGCCCAAAAACUGGACAGAUUUUGAUUCAUUUGGUUCUUGCACCUAACUAUGCUCUCCGCAACCUUAUUCGACAUUGGUGUGACAAGAAUAAUGUUGAACUACCGAAAAAAGAAGCAACUGUUGGCUUAGAUAGCUCCGUUGGACUUAAAGAGGAAAUCUCUUCUUUGGUCCAAAAUCUUUCUUCAAGUCAACUAGAAGUCCAGAGAACAGCUGUGACCAAGAUUCGUUUUCUGUCUAAGGAGAACCCCGACAAUAGAGUUAUAAUUGCAAGUAAUGGAGGAAUUCCUGCUCUAGUUCGGCUUUUGUCUUAUCCAGAUUCAAAAAUACAAGAGCACACUGUAACAGCUCUGUUGAACCUAUCAAUUGAUGUGGCAAAUAAGAGAUCGAUAACUAGAGAAGGAGCCAUUCCAGCUAUAAUUGAAGUGUUGCAAAAUGGAACUAUCGAAGCUAAAGAGAACUCUGCAGCAGCCUUGUUUAGUUUAUCAAUACUUGAUGAAAAUAAAACGGCGAUAGGAAAUGCAAAUGGUAUUCCACCUUUAGUAGAUCUCUUACAAAAUGGCACAAUUAGAGGUAAAAAGGAUGCUGCUACUGCACUCUUUAACUUAUCUCUCAACCAGGCAAAUAAGGGUAGAGCGAUUAAGGCAGAUAUUGUUAAACCAUUGCUUCAAUUACUCAAUGAUAAGAACUUGGGUAUGGUUGAUGAAGCCCUCUCAAUCUUGCUACUUCUUGCAUCACAUCCGGAAGGUCAGAAUGCUAUUGGACAACUCCCUUUCAUUGAAACUCUUGUUGAACUCACUAGAGAUGGAACCCCCAAGAAUAAGGAGUGUGCUAUAUCAGUUCUGCUUGAGUUGGGGUUGAACAAUACCUCUUUCAUUUUAACUGCUCUUCAAUUUGGUGUGUAUCAACAUUUGACAGAAAUCUCGAGGAGUGGAACUAGCAGAGCCCAAAGAAAAGCAAAUUCCCUUUUGCAGCACAUCAGUAAGUGUGAACAAGUUUAGAAGUAAUAGAUUUCAUGUUUUGUUGUAGUUUCCAUCUCAGAUUGAAUAGUAUUAGCCCUAGUGCUUUUCUACAAUUCUGUUUUGGAGCCUACUUACCAUGCAUAUUUAUUGGAGUACACAUUCAGAUUCCUUUGCAUGUUACUUCUAAAU